GUGAAUGGGAGUAAAUGGAUAAGGGGGAAAAAAGGGUUGAGGGCUCCGUAGAGGAAGUUCAGAGGGCUGGAUGGUGUGACUGCUAGCUCUUCUGUAGGAACGAGACAAAGCGUCUGUGUGAAGGCUGUGUGUUAUAUUAUCUCAUCCCGACAUGGCUGUAAAUGUAUACUCCACUUCAGUGACCAGCGACAAUCUGAGUCGCCAUGACAUGCUCGCGUGGAUCAACGAGUCUUUACAGAUGAACUUUACAAAGAUCGAGCUGCUAUGUUCAGGUGCUGCCUAUUGCCAGUUUAUGGACAUGCUCUUUCCAGGCUGUGUGCCUUUGAAGAAAGUCAAAUUUUCAGCCAAACUAGAGCAUGAAUACAUUCACAAUUUUAAGAUCUUGCAAGCUGGAUUCAAAAGAAUGGGGGUUGACAAAAUCAUCCCUGUAGACAAGUUGAUAAAGGGCAAGUUCCAGGACAACUUUGAGUUUGUGCAGUGGUUUAAGAAGUUUUUUGACGCCAACUACGACGGGAAAGAGUACGACCCAGUGGAGGCACGCCAAGGGCAGGACUCAAUGUCCGUGCCAAACCCACCCAUGCCUGUUCUCAACAAGCCCAAGAAGAUCAUAAAUGCAGCACCACAAAGAGCAGCUGUUGCCAAGGUAGCACCCAAGAUGACUCCCAGUUCUGCACGGAGGCCAGGUGCCGGUGGUGAUGAUGAAAGGGCGGAGCUUAUACAAGAGGUGAAUAUGCUGAAGUCCACUAUCCAGGACAUGGAGAAGGAGCGAGACUUUUACUUUGGCAAAUUGAGGAACAUUGAGCUGAUCUGUCAGGAGAAGGAGAGCGAGGGAGACCCCACCCUGCAAAGGAUUGUGGAUAUUCUCUAUGCCACAGAUGAGGGCUUUGUCGUACCAGAUGCUGAAGCAGAGGACCAGGAGGAGUUCUAAUGCCUAUAACUAGACCCAGUUGUGUCUUUGUCUCCUCCCUCAUCUCUACACAUUCACUCCCUCCUGCUGUCUUGGAUCAUCUUACGCAUUUUGGACUCAAUGAACGCUGUAUGGAAAGUAAUUUGGGUUGUUAAAGUAGCUACUUUAGAAGAACCUCCUCCGAUGCCUUCUUAGAGAAGAGCACAACGCGGCUGCUCAGCUGUUCUUGCUGGGCUCAGGAGAGUUUGAGCGUUUCGUCUCAAACAUUCAGUAUCGUGUAAAGUUCCCGCAACUUCAGAGGGACCUGCAAAUUAAUUCCUCAUUAGAUAUUCAAUUUUGACAGUUUUUUUUUGUUUGUUUGUUUUUUUUAACCACAAUGUGAAUCGAGGGGAUGUUUUUCCCCUCUUCCCUUCACAAGAUUGGUGGCAUGUACUUCAUAAUAAUUAUGCUAUACUAGUCAUGUUUUUCAUAUUUAAAACAUUUUUUUUACUUCCUUCACAAAAACCUUAGUUCAUGUGUGAAUUAGUGAACAAAAGAAAUCCUUAAGAAAGAAUUCCACAUUUUCAUCAGUUUACAUUGCUUUUUAUUUUUAUGCGAUUAUUUCUGUGAAAGGCUUGUAGCAGUCACCUUUUCUCCAGCUUUGAUCCUGUGACUGUGCCUUAUAGACUGAGUGGAGGAAGAGCAUGUCUGAUGUCCGUGUUUGUCUUUGUGUGUGUCGGAAUUUUCUCAUGGUCUAGAAAGUCAGUUUUGCAGCAAAGAGGGUUGAUUUGUUAAUGCACGUUCCAAAAUCGGCCACAAACUGCCACAAUUGUGAUUGAAUAACUGUUUCUCGGUAGUCAUUCGGUAUGUUUUUCUAACCAUGACAUUUCAAGCAUCAUCUGUGACUUUUAUUAAUUGAUUUGUUUAUGGAAGGGAAAAAAAAUUAUACUUCAUUGUCCACUUUACUGGUGGAUUUGAGGCCAAAUUGCGAAUUAGCGAGAAUAUGACCUUUUAUUUUUGCACUUUCGGUGCAUAGAUUUUUUUUUUAACUAAAUAUUUAAUGUAUCAUUUUACCAUUUCACACCUUUUAAGCUCUGCCUUGGUAGAACUCAAAUUCUGUAUUGGCAACUGUUUAAAUCAAAUUAAAGAAAUGUUUGUUUCUGUUUA